AAGAGACACGUGGUUGUUACAAACCUCUCUCAGGACAUAGCGGGGACACGGAGGUGGAGAGAUGCGGGCGCAGUCGGGAUGGGAGAGGACGCGCUGAGGAGGGAGCCCGCUGUCUCACUGAGGACAUUCUGCUGCUGAACAGCCUGCACGCUUUUGGAAUAAGGACUUAAGAAAUCUUUGCAUUUUAUUCCUCAUUCUUUCCUCCUCUCUCUGACUUUCCUCAUCUCCCUCUUUUUUUUUUUAUUCCAGAGGAGAGACUUGCGUGCAGGAGGUGGAAGAUCGCAGGUGAGGAGAGAAGAAAAAUGCAAUUUGCAGCAGAUUUCUGUAGUGAAAUAUGCGCUGAUGUCCUAAUGGGAUAUAUCUGCAGAUUAUUCCCGCACAUUUUAAAUUUUUAAAAAGUCAUACCUUGACUGGAAAAAAAAGGACUGAAAAUGGAUUUUCUGAAUAGCUCGAGCCUGGAGGACAGGAUAGAGGCAGAAAACAUCUCCUCUAACGCCACCUCUCAGAGCCAGUACAGCCAGCUCGCUAUCUGGGGUCUGGCCGGACUUGUCAGCUUUCUUAUUUUGUUUACAAUAGUCGGGAACGUCUUGGUUGUGAUCGCCGUUUUAACGAGCAGAGCUCUGAAGCCUCCCCAGAAUCUUUUUCUUGUCUCCCUGGCCAGUGCAGACAUACUGGUGGCCACCCUGGUCAUGCCCUUUUCUCUGGCUAAUGAACUCAUGGGCUUCUGGUUUUUUGGCACAAUUUGGUGCGACAUCUACCUGGCUCUGGACGUCUUAUUCUGCACCUCUUCUAUUGUGCACCUGUGUGCUAUUAGUUUGGACAGGUACUGGUCGGUGACACAGGCGGUAGAGUAUAACUUAAAGAGAACGCCUAAGAGAGUGAAAGGGAUGAUUGUGGUGGUGUGGCUGAUCUCUGCUGUCAUCUCCUUCCCACCGCUGAUAUCAAUGGACAGGAGCAGCAACCAGGACAGUCCCCAGUGUAUCCUGAAUGAUGAGACCUGGUACAUCCUCUACUCCAGCAUUGGCUCGUUCUUUGCCCCCUGUGUCAUCAUGAUCCUGGUCUAUAUCCGCAUCUACCAAGUGGCAAAGACCAGGACCAGAACAAUGUCAGAGAAGAAGAGGGACGUGGACUCGCCACUGGAGAAUGGGAUGGACCAAUCAGGAAGAGGAGAGUCAUUAAAGUCCAACAGGGACGGGAGCAUGAAAGAGCAGGAACGUGAGAACGGACACUGCCAGGAUCAGAGAGUCAGAUCCCCUCUGCCCAACGAACCCAAACACCCGCCGACGGACCACGACGACGACCUGGAAGACAGCAGCUCGUCGGACGAGAAACCCAAGAAAAGUUCCACUUCCUCCAAACAUCCCCGCGAUGACAGAAAAGACAGGAAGUCCAGCCGGAAAAGCAGCACCGCCUCUAAAUACUCCAGCAGGAAGUCGCGUGCCAGUUCCAAGUCUAUGGAGCUGUUCUCGUCUCGCCGCAAACGCAGGAGCACCGCCAGCAGGAAGAAAGUCUCCGCCGCUCGGGAGAAACGCUUCACCUUCGUCCUCGCCGUCGUUAUGGGCGUUUUCGUCGUGUGCUGGUUCCCUUUCUUCUUCUCCUACAGCCUGUAUGGAAUCUGCCGGGAACCCUGCGAGAUCCCACUGCCGCUUUUCAAGUUCUUUUUCUGGAUUGGCUACUGUAACAGCUCGCUAAACCCAGUCAUCUACACCAUCUUUAACCAGGACUUCCGCAGAGCCUUCCAGAAGAUCCUCUGUAAGUCAUGGAAACGCUCUUUCUAAAGCUUCCUGCAUGGAUGGGGUUGUAACUGACAUUUGACAAAUGUAAACUGUUCUGAGCUGUAGGAUGAAGUGCACGCCUGGGGGGGCUUUCACACCUUUACUUUCAGGGAUUGCACUAGAAAUGAAGGGACGACUGAACUAAGGUGCAGAAAAAGGGUUUAUAAUACGAGUGUCAGCUCUUACUCACAGCGGAGGCUUUCAUCCAACGACAUUAUGGCUGCUUACGGACUCUGAUGUGGGCUUCGGCUCAUUUCCCCCUCCACAUUGACUUCUUCUCCCCUCACUGAAAUACAAUAAACUGACUCAUAACAGUUACUGUGAUGCAUGCACACCACAGCGGCUGCACAUGGAUGAUCUGCACAGGAGGCGAAGGGUUUACAGAGACACUUGAUUUAUAAUGUGACCUCAUUCACUGAAUAUAAUGCGAAGGCCUUGACAAUCUCCACACAACCGUUGCUUGUGACGUUGGAUAGCGUUAUCCAUCUUCUCUCUCUGUCUCUGACUACGUUUUUCUCUACCUUUCUAUUACGUCACACUCUCAUCAUGAUGACCAAUGGGACGAAGGGGCUCCUUGCUUACUGUUUCAGUAGCAAAACAGUUUAACUUUAAAAAAAAAAGACUUCCUUAAAAACUAAAAAGUCAUAUUUCUGCUUCAGUGUUCUGUGCGGGGCUCAAGUGUGUGAACUGGGAGCUGCAGUGGAAACUUUCUGUGGGAACGUGUGUUUUUUUGUGGACUUGUACAUGUGGGGCUGGAUACAGUGGCGUGUACAGUAGGGUGGCAUCACUGGAAAUUUCCUCGCCAGGCGUGUGUUUGCACCUUACACUCCCCUCUGAGAAAAUAGAUGGAUUGCAAAGGGAUUGCUGAGGCACACGGGCACCCACUGAGGCUUUCACUGUGUGCAUACUGGUGUGUGUG